UGUUUUUACGAAAAAGAUAUGAUGAUAAGAUAAUAUUAUUUGUCAAUAUCAAUCAAGAAUUUUUGAUAGAAUUAUAUGAAUAAUCAAAAAAAAGAUGAAAAAAAAUUCUCUUUUAUCAUCAACAAUAUCUCUUGUCUCAGAUGUAUACACACCUUCCCAAAAGAGUAAAUUCACUGAACUAGUUUAUAAUAUACUUAGUACUGAUUCUCACCUUUUAGACAACUCGUCUAUAAUGGGAGACGAAACCAAGAAGGCUAAAAAAACAUCAGCACCUCCAACACUGAUUGAUGAAUCAAAAAUUGUUAACUUGAAUGAGAAUGACUUGUUCAUGGAACUCAUCAAAGACAUUUCAAAUGAGUUAGAUAUUAACAUACUAUGUCAUAAGAUAUUAAGGAAUGUCAGUUUGUUGACAAAUUCAGACAGAGGCAGUUUAUUCCUGACUAAGGGCACCAAAGAUAUGCCCAUAUUGAUAUCCACUUUGUAUGAUGUCACUGAAAAGUCAACGCUAGAAGAAUCAGUUCACUCUUCAGAAAACGCCAUUGUAAUACCCUGGGGUAAAGGUAUAGCUGGUAUUGUUGCAGCCACUAAAGAGCCUAUAAACAUCAAAAAUGCUUAUGAAGACAAACGUUUUAAUCCGGAUGUAGACAAGAAAACCGGUUUUCGCACUUACGCAAUACUAUGCAUGCCAAUUAUGAAUUACGAAGAGGAAGUGGUCGGAGUCGCUCAAAUUAUCAAUAAAAGGAAGGGUAAACAAGAAUUCACGUCUAAGGAUCAAGAGGUGUUCCGAAAAUACAUGAUAUUUUGUGGCAUAGGGAUACAAAAUGCUAGAUUGUUUCAAAUUUCCAUUCAGGAAUACAAGCGGAAUAAACUGCUGUUAAAAUUGGCCAGAAAUAUUUUUGAACAACAAAACACGUUGGAUCAAUUGGUGCCUAAAAUAAUGAGGGAUACUCAGGAAAUCAUCAAAGCUGAAUGCGCCAUCUAUAUCAUUCAUCGAGACGUUAACAUUAACAUACCAUUCGAAAAAUCGAGAGAAUUACUUCAGCAAACAUCGUCAACUUCCUACAUGUCUCACAUUCAAUUCUCGCCCGUCUUUAAAUUGAUCACUAUGGACGAUGACGAUUACGAAAUUAAGAAAUUAAAGCCCGAGGAAUUUCAAAAUUUACCCGAAACCCAAAUCGCUAUAUACGUUGUCGCAAAUGGAGAGACGUUAAAUAUCCACAAUGGCAAAUCAGAUACGGAAGAUUUAGAAAAUAUUAUCUUAAUUCCAACAGAUGCACCUCUCCCUAAAAAUAUUCUUACGGUUCCAAUCAUGAAUAACGAGCACAUCGUAUUUGGUGCCGUUCAGUUUAUCCAUAAGCUUGAUCAAAACCCUUUCGAAGAAUCGGAUAUUGCUCUCAUCGAAGCUUUCGCGUUAUUUUGUGGUUUGGGAAUCAACAAUACAUCCAUGUAUGAGAACGUGGUGAAGUUGAUAGCAAAACAAAACGUGGCUCUCGAAGUACUAUCUUACCACGCUACGGCAUCCUUCGAGGAAGCCAAGAGGAUCAAAAGCCAGAUGAUCCCAGCGGUACGCAAACUCAGUCUAAAUAGUUACGCCUUUGACGAUAAAGACAUGUCCGAUGACGAAACUAUUCUAGCCUCCCUUUCCAUGUUCUAUCACUUGAAUUUGCCUUCCAAAUUUAAUAUUCCUUUAGAAAUACUCUCUAGGUGGGCGCUUAGCGUUAAAAAGAAUUACCGCCCAGUGACUUACCACAAUUGGAGACAUGCUUUCAACGUUGCUCAAGUCAUGUUCUGUAUUCUGACGACGGGUGGUUUGGAGAAACAUUUUACCGAUUUAGAGAUUCUAUCUUUUAUGAUAGCAUGCUUAUGCCAUGAUUUAGAUCACAGAGGAACAAACAACGCAUUUAUGAGCAAAGCUGAUACUUCCCUGGCAAAAGUUUACGGAACUUCCACGUUAGAACAUCAUCAUUUCGACCAAUGCGUCAUGAUCCUGAGUAGUCCAGGUAAUACCAUACUCCAAAGUCUAUCCCCUAACGAAUAUAAAAAAUGCAUCGAUUUACUGGAAAAUUAUAUCCUGGCCACGGAUCUGGCGAUAUAUUUCAAACGAAGGCCAUCGUUUAUAGAGUUGGUAAAUAAUGGCGAGAGAGAAUUCAAUGACCCAGAAGAUCAUAAUUUAUUAAGUUCGAUGAUGAUGACCUCUUGUGACAUAGCGGCGAUAACGAAGCCUUGGUCCGUCCAGGAAAGGAUAGGUAUAUUGGUCGCCAAAGAAUUUUUUGAACAAGGAGAUAUAGAAAAAAAGAAACUCCACAUGAAACCCCUACCUUUGAUGGAUAGGGAUAAAUCCUCUGAGAUGCCCAAAAUGCAAGUCGAUUUUAUCAAUGUCGUAUGCUUGCCUCUUUAUGAAGCUCUCGCUAAAUUAGACGAUAAACUCCGACCGAUCUUACAGGGAGUACUAGACAACAAGGCUAGGUGGCAAAAACUAUCAACUGACCCCAACUUCGAUAUCAAUUCCUUUCACCUUGAACCGAAGGAGGAUAAAAAGAAUGAAACCAAUCAAAAUACCAGUUCGGUCAUUAAAAGUGAGGAGGGAAAUAUUGAACAAAUACCACUUCAAAACGGAAUAAACGAAGCAUCUCCGAAUGGAAAUAUUGAAACUGAAGAUCAUAAACCAAUUAAAAAUCUUUCUAAGGAAAGUGGGGAUUUUAUUGCUAACGAAUUAUCUAAUAUAACUAGUGAAUUGGAUACCGACAUUUAUAACCAUAAUAAAUUAUCAUCGGAAGGUGAAGACGAUGUUAACAAUCAAAGUUCUAAUAAUAAAGAUUUAGAUAUUAAAAAUAUUAAGGUCGAGAAAAUUCAUAAGCUUCGACACCACCCUCACAUUACUUUCAAAGAACCAGGUUGGUCCCAACGAGAUGACGAGUUCUAUAAAAAAAAACAUUUAAAUGAAAAUAACGAAAAUGGAUUUACUGAUAGCAAUAAUUCUGAUGAAAUUUUUGAUAAGUCGAAUAGUUCUAAAGAUUCUGACAAAAGUAAUGAUAACAAAACAUUAUCAGAAUCUGAUGUUCCCUUGGACAACAAAUCUAUGGGUAAAAGGGACUCGAUUCAAAUUUAUAGAAAAAAAUCUGCUAGAAAUUUAGUCCAAGCCAUUUUCCCACAUAAAAAUAAUCAAGUUGCUGGGCUUAAUUAUAAUAUAACAAAUCAUGAUCAAACUAAUUAUAAUAAAGGUGGCACUAGAAUGUCUUAUAGAGCGAGUAUUGCGGUGGAUAAAGAUAUCAAUGAAUAUAAGACUAACUUGAAUAAUGAAAAAAUUCGGAGUAACAGAGAAAGAAGGCCUCCUAGAAGAAGCUUGCCUAAUAAUAAUUAUAUUAGUAAAACUUUAGCGGGUAAUAGGAUCGAAUCUUUAGAAGUAUUAGCUGAUGAAGAGAAUGAAAAAGUUUUUGAUACUCUUUUAAACGAUGAUGAUGAACGUUUAAAUGGUAAUAUUAAUGUUCUAACAAGAAAUGAAAAUACGAAAAAUAGUGGAGAGAGGAUACAAGAUAUUAAACAAGGAGAAAUAAGUAAUGGUUUAACUAAGGAGUCGAAAAACGCUAUUCAAGAAAUAUCUAAAGAAUCUCUUGGUGCUUACAAACAAAAUGAUAUUCAACAAAAUUUAACUCAGGAUCCAAAUUCAAAUAAUUUGCAAAAUGAGUUAAAACUAGAUCUUAAUUCGAACACGAAUCAAAUUAAUAAUGACGAUAUUGACCAAAACAUAUUACCUUCGUUUUCUUCCAUUCAUAGUACCAAAGAAUUCCCCCAAAAUGGAAACUCCAACUCGAUUGAUAAUAGUCCUGAACGUAAAGACAGCAGUAGGACGAGCAAUGAAAAUGAAAGUGUGAAUUCUAGUCCUAUUAAACGCGGACCAAAAAAAACAUCGUUAUUUAAGAAACAAAAAAAAUCCAAUCUCUCCUUAUUCCCAGACGAAAAUAAUGAUAACCUGGCGUCUACUUCAUCUUUAGCGAUAAACAAGCAAUUACCAUCAGGAGACGAUGGGUACCAAAGCAAUAAAAACGCCGAAACUUCUUCCAACAACGUUCGUUCGUUUCCACCUCAUCGAGAUUCUUUAAGGCUCAUGCACGACAAAGAACCUUACAAAACCAAGGAACAGCAUGAUGAAAAAUUAUUCAGUGAGCCAGAUAUCAAUAGUAUUAACAAUAAUGGGGAUGGAGAUAAAAAGAGUAUGAUGGGGAGCAAGGUGCAUUUUGAAUCACUUAUUUAUAAACCGAGGAACCCGCCUCCAGGCCCUCUCGAUAGAUACCGAAAUAAGAAGAGUGGCACAUCUAAAAUUUGUAUCAUUUUAUAAUUAAUAAAUUUUUGUUGCUAAAUUUGAUACAAGUUUCUUCGGCAUUUCGAUAAAAGACGCACCCUCCCCAUUUAUAAUUUUAAAAAAACAUUUGAUGUCCUCUAGUUUUGAAAUAAUUGGUACCAUCUUUGUAAAUGUUUAAUUUAUAUUAUUAAUUAAUACUCUGUUUAAAAAUGGUAAAUCUUG